UAAGUAUAUGACUUUUGAUAUAUAUAUUUAAUGUUUUGGUGUUAUGGUGUUUGAUUGAUUUGUUAAAUCUUCUUCUAUAAGAACACAGCUGUUAGCAAUGAGAUAACAUUAGCUUAGAUAAAUGCAAAAAUUGUUUUUAAUGAAGUAUUGGCUGCUGCUGGAAGGGAUAUUGUCAUAAAAGAUAUAUCUAGGCUACGUGGUGGCUGGCCAAUGCAAGAUGCAUUCCAUGUGAUCUACUCUGUUCCUUUAUCUUUUUUGUUUUUCUUAAUUUUCGAUGGCUAUCAAUUGAUUCCUUCUGUUUUUUUUCUUCUUAAUUUGAAGAGGCAUUUUCUCAACAUACAGUGUUGUCAGUUUUAUUCUUAGAGCACCUGAUCUCUGUCCUUAAUCAGACUCGUGUCACUAAAAGUAGUGAUCCAGGAAAAGGAGAAAAUUCUAGUCUUGUUUCUGAAACUCAAUUGGAGAAUGAAAUUCUGCAAGCUGCUAUUUUUGCUCUUACUUCCUUCUUUAGGUGGAGGUAAAGUUGGAAAGCGAGCUGUUGAACAUGGUUACUCUUCAGUUCUUGCUGCACUUGUACUGCAACUUGGCAGUUAUCAUGGUCUGGCUACCUCUGGUCGACAUGAACCACUACGUGCACUUUUAACUGCAUUUAAGGCAUUUUGUGAAUGUGUUGGAGAUCUUGGAAUGGGCAAGAUUUUGGCUAGAGACAGUGAGCAUAAUGAAAAGUGGAUUAAUCUUAUUGGAGAUUUAGCUGAUUGCAUUUCCAUGAAGAGACCAAAAGAGCCAUGCUUCCAAUAAUGUGUUAGAUGGGCUGAACAUGUUUGAUGGAACUGAUGGUCAUUACUUCCACACGGGGUCAAGGGGUCACCACUCGGUGUGGGAUUCUUGUCUUUUUAAUUAUGGAAGCUGAGAAGUACUGAGGUAUCUUCUUUCAAAUGCAAGAUGGUGGCUGGCGGAGUAUAAGUUUGAUGGGUACAAAUUUGAUGGUGUGACUUCAAUGAUGUACAAGAUUUCUUUGAUUAAGUAAAUGUAUUAUAUCUUUUAUUAUCAAGAUUUACUUGAUUAAGAAAAUGCAUUGUAUGUUUUAUUACCUUGCAUAUGUAUUAUUUAUUUUAGUUUUGAUUCUAAAUUUUUAUUUUUAGUUGAGAGUUCUAAGUUUUGGAUUUUAA